UGUGAGUUGACAGCGCACUUAUGUGAGGCGGUAACAUGAAACAGAAAGCCUUGAUGAGCCCAACGGGGGGGGGGGGGAUUUUAGUUCAGCCUACUUUUGAGCUCCGACUGGAGCAGUGAGAAGUUACACACACAUGAAAGUGCGAUGGCUCGGUGGACUUUGUGUCGCAGGUCUGUGCUGCUGCACCUGUCAGGCAGCGAGAGUCGACUGGCGCUGCGUUUCAGCAGCAGCAGCCUGCAGAGGGGGAGGCAGGCUCUGGUGGAGAGCAGCGGCAGCGUGAAGCCUUUCAGUGAGAUUCCUGGCCAGUGGAAGAACGGAGUGGUCAACCUGUACAACUUCUGGAAGCUGGACGGCUUCAGAAACAUUCACCGGGUCAUGGUGCGUAACUUCAACGCCUUCGGACCCAUUUACAGGGAAAAAAUAGGAUAUUAUGAAAGUGUCAACAUCAUCAAUCCUGAGGAUGCGGCCGUCCUCUUCAAAGCUGAGGGACAUUAUCCAAAAAGGCUGAACGUAGAGGCGUGGACGGCGUACAGGGACUACAGGAACCGCAAAUACGGAGUUCUGCUGAAGAACGGAGAAGACUGGAGAUCAAACAGAGUCAUCCUCAACAAGGAGGUGAUCUCGCCGAAGAUGCUGGACUACUUCGUGCCUCUUCUGGACGAGGUGGGGCAGGACUUCAUGGCCAGGCUUCAUCAGAAGAUCAAGAGGAACGGCGGGGAGAAAUGGACAGCUGACCUCUCCCAGGAACUCUUCAAAUACGCUCUAGAAUCCGUGAGCUCGGUGCUCUAUGGGAAGCGCCUGGGCUUGAUGAUGGACUACGCCGACCCCGAAGCUCAACAUUUCAUCGACUGCAUCACCUUGAUGUUCAAGACCACCUCGCCGAUGUUGUACAUCCCCCCUGCUGUGCUGCGGAGAAUUGGAGCCAAAGUGUGGCGGGACCAUGUGGAGGCUUGGGACGGAAUCUUCCAACAUGCUGACAGCUGCAUCCAGAACAUCUAUCGGCAGCUGCAGGAUGAAAACAGGAGCACCAAGAAAUACCCGGGAGUCAUGGCCCGCCUGCUUCUUCUGGACAAGCUUUCCAUCGAGGACAUUAAGGCCAGUGUCACCGAGCUGAUGGCUGGAGGAGUGGACACGACGUCCAUCACGCUGCAGUGGACGCUAUACGAACUGGCCCGACACCCGAGUCUCCAGGAAGAGCUGCGAGCCGAGGUGGCUGCCGCGCGGGCAGAGAGCGAGGGUAACCUGCUGCACAUGCUGAAGAGGAUUCCGCUGCUCAGAGGGGCUCUGAAGGAGACACUCCGCCUCCAUCCCGUCGCCAUCAGCUUGCAAAGAUACACCGCAGAAGACAUCGUCAUCCAGAACUACCACAUCCCUGCCGGGACCUUAGUCCAGUUGGGACUAUACGCCAUGGGACGGGACCCCAGGGUGUUUACCCGUCCCGAGCAGUACCAACCAUCCCGCUGGCUGAGAACAGAGACCCACUACUUCAGGAGUCUGGGCUUUGGAUUUGGCCCCCGCCAGUGUUUGGGUCGCAGAAUAGCAGAGAGCGAGAUGCUGAUCUUCCUCAUCCAUAUGCUGGAGAACUUUAGGGUGGAGAAGAUGCGACACGUGGAGGCCAAGAGCACCUUUGAGCUCAUUCUGGUGCCGGACAAACCCAUCAUGCUGACCCUGAAGCCCCUGCACGCCGCCUCAUAGGAGGUCCAGGUUCUGAUGUCAUAGACUGAUCUGCCAUAACAUUAUGACCACUUAACAUGCAUUACUGAUCCAUACACACCCCCUGGUUGAUGCCUACUGACCAGUCCUGCUAUGAGCACUCACUGAACACACACCAUGUAAACUGUUUCAGUUUUAAUCUAGAUGGGCAGCUGACACAGUAAGGCCAUUCUGGCACCUCACUGGGCAACUCUUCUACUCUGAGAUCCCAAAUCUUCAUCUGCCCUGCUUUCCUUGCCUCACCUCUCGAUAAACAGUAUUUGAGCAUCUUUUAAAAUGAUAUUGGACCCCAAUGGAACACACCAGCCUGUGUCUCUAAAAUGAACAAAAUGAACAUGAGCCCCGCCCAUUCAAAAUUGUUUCCCUGGCGCUGAACUCUUUCCAGGACCACGCCUACUCAUUGGUCUGCACCUCCCCUUAACAAAAAUGUUAGCAAGUAUACGUGAUACAAUUAUAUUCCAGACCAUAUACUAGUAGUUUACUGGAAAGUAUACUAGUUUUAUACUACUUCAGACUAAAUUGAAACAUUUGAGUUUACUGACGUAUACUUUAAGUAUUCAAUAACUAUAUAAAAAGUAUACUAGUAAUGUACUAGGUAUAUACUUGUCAUCCACAUUUCAAAUAAUCAAUGAAUACUUUCAGUUCACACUAUUUAUAGUCAGAAACAUGCACACCUAACUAUCUUGAACCAUGACAUCUCUGGUCUGAUGCAAAGCACACCAUUUCUGCUGCAGGCCUGAAUCUAGUUGAGAGGCGCUGGAGUUGUGACAUCACAUCGGGCACGACUCUCAUAACCUCUUGUUCACCAAUACUGCAGAUGGGGGAGAACUGUAUAAAGCAAUAACUUCACAAUGAACCAUCAGAGGGAUAAGAAGAGGACGCAUGAGUCUUAAAAUAUAAAUUCCAAACAGGUGGUCAUAAUGUUAUGGCAGUACAUAAGGACAUGUGGACAUGUACAGAGUAGAGAGAGAGCCAGUACAUUGGUAGGAAGAUGUUGAGGUUGAUGGAAGGUGGAGAGGAAGGCCACAGAGGAGAUCGAUGGAGGUGGUGAAGGAGGACAUGAGGUUUAUAGGUUUGAGAGGAGAGGAAGCAGAGGGUGAGAUGGAGGGAGAUGAUCCGCUGUGGCGGCUCCUGAAGGGAGAAGCCGAAAGGAAAAGAAGAAGUUUGGUGUUUUAUAAGUUAGCAUCAUAAUACAGUCAUUGACUUUUCUAAUGGAAAUCAAUUUUUUUUUGUUUGACAGUUCAAAAUAAAUACCUCUUCUGUUACACUGAAGUUAAAUGGCGAUUUUCUCUAGAAACACCUUAGAAGAAUACAUACUUUUGCAUGACACAUACUAAAUAUUAAUGCAACACAGAGCUGAGCUCGCAGCUAAUGCCUCACUGUAAGACGAUGGCACGUGUGGUAUUUAAUACCGGGGAGCUCACUGCUUUGCUACCAGUAGAUCUUUUCAAACUUGAAGGUACAUAAAUGGCAGAACUCCAACACACUGUGGAUGAUCAGGAUUGUCAGGGUUGCAGAAGAAGGUGCUGUGCUGCUGGCUUUAAGACACACAGUGGAUCGACAACACGCUAAGGAUGUUUGCUGGAGACACACAGGUGGAAACCUGCAUGGGUCACGACGGUGCUGUGGUAACACCCCAGUAUCAAGCCCCAUGUUGCCAAUAGAACACAUGGUGGUGGAGGAGAACUAGAACUAGAGUUUGUAGCAUUGGAUUACGUGCCUUUCAAAAUAAUAAAUAUAUCCAGUUUCCUCCCACAGUUAGUUACUUUGGUCUCACUCAGUUUCAGUCUGGUGUUUUACUCAUAUUUUGGGUCUUUUCUUCUUCAUAUCUCUGCGUCCGCUCCAGAUUAAUUGGAAUCUUUGAUGUUCAGACUUCUGAAAGAUUAAAAAACGACUGUCUCAAGUGCAGUGCGAGCGACGGCCCCUCUGAGGGUCACACGCUGUCCUUCAGGAGAUAAGAGCCGUCCGGCCCCCGCAGCUUAUCAGGGUCCCUGGACCGUGAGGGGGCGUCAUCACAACACAUCUGAAUUCUGCAGUCACUUGCAAGGAUUCAAAAACAACGUCAUUGAUUGCGUUCAAAAACAUUUGCGGCGGUUCUUCAUCAGAAUCAGCUCGCCGCAUCUCAGGUUCAGCCUUGGCCCCUGUCUGGCUGCAAGGUUCGGGCAAGGACCCGGCGCAAUGACAGACCACAGAGCUAUUUGCUCUUUACUUCUUCAUCACCACAUCAACACACUUGACAACGUUUGUCUAUCACCAGAAGAAAAGACAGGAAGUGCCUAUGAAGGUGCAGAGAAAUGACUCCAUUUCCAAAUAAUGUGAGCAACAGUUUUUCAAAUGCAGCUUCAAAAUUUCAACAUCUCAUCAAAAUAAAGAAUAACCACAACCGAAUAUUUCACACAAAAAAAAUAAUGUCACGAUACAUUCGGCUGUUAAUAAAAAAAAAGAACUGAACAAAUCGUUUCUGCACUCUCAUUUAUUGCCACUAGAUGUCGUCUUUACUCCACUGAUAAAAGCAUAAAAGCGUUUGCCUUUCUUGAGAACUCGUUUUUUCACUUUUUGUAUAACUACUGUCAUGAAAUAUACUGUAUAGUGGAAUCAGGUUAUCUUUUUAAUUAUGUCACAUUAAUUGUUCUUUUUAUGUUUUUACAGUU